UCUAUUACAGGAGAAGCACUUGAGUACAUUCCUCAUUUAGAAGCAUUGGAUCUAUCUUGGAACAGUGACAUAGGAGGCAAUCUUUCUAAAGUCACCCAACACAUCCCAGUCCAGUUUGAGCUAAAGGUGCUGAAUCUAACAGAAUGUGGCCUGGGUGAAACAGAUGGGGAAGCACUAGCCACAGCUAUUGGAAAAAUGCCACACCUGGAAGCACUGGACCUGUCUUUAAAUAAAUACAUUGGCUCCAUAAUGAACAGUCUUGUUGUGGAACUUAAAAGCUGCUCUUCUCUGAGGGUGUUAAACUUACAUGCCACGGGACUACACCAGGACAACAUCCAAUAUCUGAGUGCAAUAUUUCACUACUGGCCGAAUUUAAGAGUUUUGGACCUGUCCAGCAAUAAGGAAGCUGGGGGUGGAUUCCGAGAAGCUGCAGCACGACUCACAGCUUUCAAACACCUUGAGCGGCUGGAUAUUCACCAGUGUUGCCUGUCACAGGAUGAUGUCAAUGCAUUAACCCAGGUCAUACCUUUGCUGUCCAACCUUGAGGUGCUGGAUAUUUCAUCUAACAAAGCAGUCGGAGUGAGUCCUGAAUAUCUGUUCAGCAGACUCAGAUUUUUGCCAAGACUGAAAUCUGUUCUUGUCAACAACUGCAGCUUGAAGGAGGAAUCCUUUGCAGCACUAGCUGAAGCUUCCCAUUACCUAUUGGACCUGAGAGUUCUAGACCUUUCUUGGAAUAAGUGUGUCGGAGGGAAGCUGAAGUUGCUUUUAGAUACCCUUAAAACUGCAACAGCUCUGCAAAGCAUGGUACUGAGUAGCUGCAACCUGGUGACCCAGGAUUUGGCAGUAUUAGCAUCGGCAGCACAAGCAGGACACUUGGACAGUUUGCAGCAGCUGGACAUUGCUUACAAUGACACAGUCGUGGAUGAAGGAUGGAUGCUUUUCUUUGAAAGUGCACAUGCUCUUAAGAACAUUACUGAAUUAGACGUUAGCCUGCGGCCUUCUUCAAACCGAAGCUGUGGGCCCUGGUUCAUUCAUUUAUUGUCCAUCUUGGUGAAACUACCAGGACUCCGAGAGCUUGGAAUGCAGCGCUGGUUGCUGACAGCAGCAGAGAAACAGCAGCUCAGCUACAUUAUGACAGAGAAGAACAUCAGCAUUCUUUUUGACUGAUAGGACAAUUUUCUCUACAGUUCACUGUACUAUAAUCAUAAACAUAAACGAAAUAGCACAAGAUGGCCUUUGGGUGCUCUUUCACUAUCAAUAUUUUGAGAAACUUGAAUAUGCUAUUAAACAUUGCAUUGAUAUCUGUCUGAUUAAAAAAAACAAUGUAUGUAUUAAAUAACUGCAUAAACUGUAAUCUAAAUCAAAUAGUAAUUCUAGGUGUUACCUUGAAGGUUAGUUUAGUUUCCCAGACUGUAGGAGACACUGAAAUGGCCCAAGCCCUUUACAUACCAUUAGGCCUCGCCACCAUGCCUGGAUCUGAAACAGAAUGGAUGUUUUAAGCCACAUAUCAUCCUCCUCCUGCCUAAAGCAACCAGACAACCUACCAUACCAUGCUACCAUAGUAUUGAAGGAAUAUUUCUUGCAAUAUGUUAUGUCUACAUACUGUAUGUCUAAGACUAGCUUAGUUUCA